AUAAAACCACCUGCAUCUAUUUGUCCAAAAACACAAAGCAGAAUCUAACUAGCAUGGCUUACAACCUUGAUAGAGAAAUAAGAGCUGAAUUUGAACAAUUUGAGCUAGUAGGAAGUAUUAUCACUGAGAAUGAGUUUGGUAGAGGUUCUUAUGCUGUUGUACUAGAGUUAAGAUAUCGAGGCCUGAAAUGUGCCGGUAAAAAGCUUUACCGAGUUCUCUACGAGACUGGAAUCGGACAUGCAGCACGAAGGUAUCUGGAGGAGUGUCGAUUGCUAAGUCAAACUAGGCACCCCAACAUUGUCCAGUUUCUGGGAGUCUGUUUUAAGGAGGGCUCUCAGUUCCCCAUCCUAGUCAUGGAGUUCCUCCCCACCAAUUUGACCAGCUGUCUCGAGCGCUAUGGUAUUCUCCCGGAUGAGAUCAGUUUCUCCAUCCUCCAUGAUGUCUCACUGGGUUUGGUCUACCUUCAUUGCCAAACACCAGCAGUAAUACAUCGAGAUCUUUCAGCCAACUAUAUCCUCUUGAGUACAAACAUGACAGCAAAAAUUUCCGAUUUGGGAGUUGCUAGGAUUGUUAACCUAACCCCCCAACAGCGAAUGACAGAGACCCCUGGAACCCAAGCCUACAUGCCUCCUGAGGUGAUGGUUGCCGAUCCUCAAUAUGGUGUGAGUGUUGAUGAAUUCUCCUUCGGAGCUUUGAUGGUGCAUAUCUUCACGGCAGAGUGGCCAGCUCCAAAAAUCGGUCCAAAUAGAAUUGACCCAGCCAACCCUCAAAAAGUGAUAGCUGUCACAGAGUUCGAAAGACGAGAAUACUUCAUCCGUAAGAUUAGAGACCACCCAUUGUUGGAUCUGAUUAGGAUGUGUCUUAGCAACAAUCCAGACCUCCGUCCACAUGCACCAGAGAUUUUAGGGAGAUUGCGAGACGCUGUUCUUCAACAACCACCCUCCUUUGAGAACAGAGUAGAGAUGCUCCGUAGAAUCAGCGAAGACGAUGCUCAUAAAAGCAAUUUACAGCAGGAAGUGGAGAAAAUAUCGAUUGAAGCUCAAGCCAGUACAGAAGAAAGCGAAAAACGAAUUUGCACUAUUCAACAAGAAAUUGUUCAUCUAAGGACAGAGUUUUCGAAUACCACACUAGCCUACUUAGUCGAAAUUGAACAGCUAAAAAUACAAGCCGCUAACAAAGAAGGCAUUGUUUCAUUGAGAGAAGCUGAAAACUCUAGCUUGUUAAAAGAUACCAAAGAAGAGGCAGAAUUACUACAGCAACAGGUAUCUGCACAGAAGGCAAUGCUGAGCGUACAAGAAACGAGAGAAAAAACGCAGAGUGCAAGUCACUUAACCCAGUUCUAACAUGUACUAGGGACGCUUUGAACAAAAAGGAAGCUAUCAUUACGGACCUUAAUGAACAAUUGAGUAGGACAAGAGACUACCUCAUAUCCACAUCGUCACCACAGGUAAGUGCCUACAAGCUUCCCUAUCCUUCAGUCAGUGUGCUGAAUAUGCUCCAGCUGCCCUGAGUGGUGGACAAGCAGUUGUUAUUAAAGACACCCUAUACUACACUGGUGGAGAAACCACAAGUACGCGAGAUAAAAUUUCAACCUCAACUAAAAUACACCGCUACAGUUUACACAAUGAGAAGUGGCAAACCCCAACAAAACGGAAUAAUUGGGUAUAUUUUCGACUUGGAAAUGUCAACGGCACCUUGGUAGUAAUAGGAGGAAUAUAUUCAAUUCCUCAAUCACAUGUAGUUGGUGAUAUGUACUACGUAAACACUGUGAACCAAUCAGGUGAAAGUAUAUUACAUUUUGUUGAUUCAAAGAAACCCAUGCCGACCCCUAGACUUUUACCAGCAGUCGUCAGCCAUCCAUCAUGCCUUAUCGUAGCAGGGGGACUAACAGAUCCACGAAAUUUGACUUGCAUAAAUGUUGUUGAAACGUACAAUACCAAAACUAAUUCAUGGAGCCAAAUUGACAGAUUACCGAUUCCCUGUGGGCAUAUAACAGGAGGAGUUCAUUCGAAUGGGAACGUGUACCUAAUGGGUGGUAUGAGCAAUGAGGUGCGAUUGAACACAACGUUUGUUACUUCCAUUGAGAAUUUGAUAUCCAACGCUUUGAAGAAAUCUACAGAUACCGACAUUGCCCAUGAAUCUAUCUGGAGUGAGAUAACCAAUGCCCCAACAUACUGCCCAUCAGCUCUUAUCGCAUCAAAUAUGAUCUUAGCCAUAGGAGGAGCCACAAGUGAAGAUGUAUCCAACAAGCAAUGGGUAAAGACUGUUUACGCUUACUCCAUUUCAUUGGGCUCGUGGAUUCGUAUCAGUGAUUUACCAACACAGAUUUUAGCUGCGUGCAUAGCACCUAUCUCUUCGACUGAAUUUCUAGUUAUCGGUGGUUUACGGAACGGAAGUGAUAAAUAUGUAGCAACUGUCUACAAGGGCACAUUUGAAAUGUCGCUAUAAGUAUCCCAAAGACACCGGACAUUUAAUUGUUUAGAGCCAAUAACUUCUAGGCAGUGAGGCUUUUAGUAUGGAACCAUUCUAGAUUACAUGCACAUUCACAUUAAUUAUAAUUAUGUCUGAACAGAUAGGAAA